AUGGAGAGUGAACCAAGCACUUCGCAUGAGACGAAUAAUAGUGAAACUUAUGAAAUUACUGGUCAAAGAAUGUGUAAACGAUACUGCUGUAUACCACAGUGUGAAAGUGAUAGUAGAAAAAAUCCUGAGAUGUCAUUUCAUAAAAUUCCAAAAAAUCCAGAGUUGAGGAAAAAGUGGGUACGUUUGUUGAAAAGAAAAGGUAUAAGGGAUCCUGGAUCAAGUCAUAGAGUAUGCUCAGCACAUUUUGUGGGCGGUGCAAAAACAUACAGCAACAAUGUUCCAACAAUUUUUGCCACUGCUACAAGCAAACCUAGGAAAAGCCCAACUAUUCGGACAGUGGCAGCUAAAAAUCCAGUAAUUACUGAAGAAACAUAUUUAGAAAAUACAAGUAAAGAAAGCUCUGUUGUUGAUGAUAGCACAAGUAAAGAUGACAACUCUGAAAAUACACUGCAGGAACUUAAGGAUAAAAUAUUAUCACUAGAAGCACAAAACAUGGCAUUGAACACAAAAUAUAAUGAAGAUAUUGCUAAAUUAAAAUGUGGGGUAUUUCAGAUGGAGAAAUUUAUUAACAGUGACAGUGAUUUUAAAUUUUACACUGGCUUUCCAAAUUACUCUUGUUUCAAGGCAUUUUAUAACUACCUUUCCCCAGCCUGUGAACACCUUCAAUACUAUGGUUCAAAUACAGCUCCUAUAACCUCGGAAUCUCAAAACAAAUGUGGCAAACCAAGAUCUAUGUCUCCAGAGCAAGAAUUAUUUCUUGUACUCAUAAGAUUGCGCUUGGGGUUACUUGUACAAGAUAUUGCACAUCGCUUAUAUUUCCACAACACAAGUUUCUAG